CGGUGUGGACACGGGUAACCGUAGUUGAUGUUUGUAUGUAUAAAAAGCAAUGGAUGUCACAGUUUUGUUUGGGUACUCACACUCAGUCUCUCAACAGAACCCAUCAGUUCGGUGGACAGAAGUUGUGUGCCCCUCCUGUAAUCCGGAACCUGGAAAGGUUCGUUCGCUCAAACACCAGAGAAGCGGGUGCGAGCUUCGUCAUUGCACUUCCUGAGUAUGGCCAAUAAAGAAAACUAUGAGUCACGCAAACCGUGUGGAUGUUAAAUAGCAAAUUCAAUCAUACCAUUAUCAGAGGCAGUGUGGUGUAGCCUCUCGUUAUCACACUUAGCACAUAGAUGUAGUACAAGCUGGAAAUAAAUGCGAGACCGGCUAAUAUUAUAAUCAGUGCCAUGUCCCAUAGGAACAGCCCAUCAUCAGCGAUUUGUGUGAUCGGGUCCCAGGUUGUGGCGGUAUUAGGCACCGUGGAAAUGAUUCCAGUCAUGACCGGUCCUCUGCUUCUCAAUCCACCUCAGUCUUUCGUGUCUUGUAGGCUUCAAAACCUGACAUGUCAGAGAGCACAAGUUAUGUAAAGCUUGUUUAGGUCCAUGUGACCGAGAUUAACAUCAUGUACGCUGUAAGAGCCACUACAAUGGUAUACGUACUUACUUCUCAGCGUACAAAGGCAGAGGUAAUUUAUUUUGCUUGUGGGAUAGUUCCUAAGAGACAAAAGUGUAUUGUAGUUCACUGAUGAAAACCCUUCUAGAUUACCCACAGCUGAACCGUAGCAAAAGUUUCACACAGAGAUAGAAUUAUUCAGAGAAGUGGACCUGCUCUUGGUCCAGCCACAUUGCAAAAGUCCAACCUGUGACAAAGUAAUAUUUAGCAGAGAUAUCCGCGGUCGGCCGUUCCAACAGUUCAGAGGAGUGGACCUGCUCUUGCCCCAGCAGCACUGGGAACGGCCGACCGGGAACAAACUGAGAAGUCAGCAGAGAUAUCCGCGGUCGGGCGUUUGGAGUCUCCACUGCGUGUAUAGAAGCCUCGCUGAUCCGGGCUAAAUGGCAUCCUCUGGGUUUCUACUCUGAGCAACAAGGGCUGAAACUCCUUCUCUGUGCGGAGCCUUAGCCUAAUGGAUACCAUAACAAUAGCUGUGAGAUGGUGCUGUGUCCCACAGGCACACAUCAACUUUGUGACCGAUGGAAUCACAAAGUGGUAUAUGAGCAGAUGGAUAUACAAACAUUCUAAAACCAAAAAUCUGACAAUCAUUUGUGUCCAAGUAGAAUUUAAAAGAGUCUCUGCGUAUAUUCAACAGCUCCUAAGUGUGAUGAAAGCUCUAUGGGUGGAACCGGGACGUGGCUCAAUGGACUGGGAAGCAUUGGAUACACUGCUGGAUGACACACCUCUAGUGCCUGUCAGCACCAACAAAUACAGUGUCACGCACACCACCAUGAGACCAGGGGACAGCUUUUAUUACCAUGUGUGUAACACGGUGGAAUUAGUAAAAGGGCGCGCGUGGAUACUCAGGAGGGAACUGAUGACCAUACUUAAGCUGCACAGCAAACAUGAACCUCACAGUGUUACGCUGUUAGUGCCCGGGACCGCAACAAGGAUGAUACAUGUGCGAUGCACCGAGCCCCAGCGAAUAUACGAGCUGUUCAAGAAGUAUGGCCUGACAUGCUCCAAUGUCUGGGAUUCCAGAACCUCCCUGUCUGCCACGGCUCCUUGUACAGCACUGUGUGACCUCAACAUGACCACAGUUAAUGUGAACAGGAUCGCGGAGAAUGAUGCCUUGGGCCAGGAACCUGAGGUGUCCAAUUUCUACCACAACAUGAAAUGCAUCCGAAUACAAGCAAAGCGAGACGCGCUGAAACACAGACCCUACAACUGCCAUCAGCCAGUGUUGACGGAACCUGCUCGAAUGAGACUCAGCCCGACUGCAUAUCAGUUGCCCUGUACUACUACGAUCGAAUGGCCAAACUGGGAGAUGUCAUCAAGUCCGAAGGUCGGUUCGUACCGUCUGUCCAGUAUUCAAAUCCAGAGGAGUGGUCUGGGGAUAGAUAUGUGUUGGAACUGGAACCAGACAACAACGUGAUCAUUACGGGUAAGAACACAACAAUCUAUAUCCAUUUGGUGUAACAGUAACUCUUAUUGCCAGAGAUGUACACUAAAAGUCCACAAAUGAAUUCUCAUGUUUCUUAUCCUAAAGGCGCGGUGCUCCCGGACGGCUCGAAUGCUGAGACAACGCAUGUGGAACCUUACACAUGCCCCUACUGUCUCGAAGACGCAAAUGCGUACCUUGAAUGCGGACACCUGUGUUGUGUGUCCUGUACAAGAAGAGCUAAGAAGAAGAAUUCUCUGGCCUGUGGUGUUUGCAAGAAAGAAACCACCUCUUACAGACCCCUUGAAAUACCACAGAACUUCGAGUCUACGUGCUUCGCAUGCUGCAAAGGGAAAGAGUGGGUCACAGAAUGUGGCCAUUUAAACUUAUUUUUCCGGCCAAACAUGUUAUAGUCCAAUGCCAGCUCGUUUGACAGAAUGUAUUUCAUUAUUCGCCUAGUUGCAUCAUCUACAUUUGUGCCCCCUAUAUCUGCCACCAUGGCAACCUAGGGAUGAGAGUAAAAAGGAGGGAAAAAAAGGCUUACAUGAACUGCCAAGACAAUAAGCUUCAAAGAUUUAAAAAUUCAGCCAUAAAGUAAACUAAACAUUUGAAGUUGUAGCCUUUGUGUAAUUUACUGUAAUGUAAUACAUAUUUUUAUUUUGUAGGCUAAUGCAAAUCAAUUUGGAAAACCAAAAAAAUAACCAGCAGAGAUUAGACUGCGGUCCCCCAGUUGCUCCUCAAGCGCCUCAACAUCUGCUUGAGUUUGCAGCGGGAAGACCACACCAUCAGGAACCUCCAUCA